AGACUUUUGGUCGUGGAACUUUUUUAACACUGCCUAGUGUUUACAUAAAGGCAGUCCACUGGUGAUGCUAAAGUAUGUCAUAUAAGGAGCCACUCCAGCUGAGCGACCUUCCGUGGGAUGACGUUAUUUUCCGCCAUAUAUUCCCUCUGCUGAAAGUCGCAGAUCUGUGUCACUUGCAAGGAGUGUCCAAAGACUUCCAGCAACUGUACAUAGACUAUAUGUGCUCUUGUGAAAAACUGGAUUUUUCAGAAUGUACUAUGACAAAUAGUUCUCUACAAAAGGUAACUGAACUCUGUCAAAAUUUAAGAUGGUUUUCAGUGGCCUGGUGUCCUUGGGUGAAGGACCCUCCACUCAUUGCACUUUUCAAGAAAAACUCACGGCUGAUUCACGUUGACCUGUGUGGCUGUGAGGGUCUUAAUGGCUUAUCACUACAGGUUCUGGUGGUAAACUGCAAGAAUUUACAGACUCUGCUGGUGGGGAAUUGUGGUAACUGGUUCAGCAUGGGGUGUUGGCAGGUCAUUACCCAGCACCAGUCACAACUAAGGCACAUCAACACAGCCAGUUGCUGGGAUAUAAAUGACAGAACACUGGGGGAGUUUUUCCACAAGUGUAAUAAGCUUAGAGUCAUUGAGUUGAACAAAAUGGAGCUGAUAACAGACACCAUCCUUCACUACCUGGCCACCAACUGUCCCCACCUGGAGCACCUCAAUGUGGCCAGUUGCUGGUACAUCACAGAUAAGGGACUCAAGAAGGUGGUGGAGUACUGUAAAGUGCUGCGGAUCCUGGACGUACGGUUCUGCCCACGUCUGACCGAGCAGUACCUGUACAGCCUGUACUUGAGGGGCAUCAACGUCAAAUCAGAUUACUCUCUCGCCCGCAUGGUUAAGAGGAGGAAGCACGUCAACAAUUUGGGGAUUAAUGUACAAAUCUAGUCAUAAGAGAUCCUUGGACAAGUUUUCAGAUUCAAGUUGAACCUUAUUCCCUAAUUCAUGAGGGUGUAUAUGACAAAACAAUACGUCUCUCCUGUGGGAUAAAAUUCUCCCAUCAUAUCAUACACCUCAACAGUAUUGUAACAUAUAGUUUACUUCAUUGAGUUUAUUAAUCUAUCAAUACAGUGUACUGUAAUUUAACCCUUUAGUAGGCAGUGUAUCCCUUGGGUAUUUUAUUAUGGCUGGCACCUGACAAUUUUAUUUAUCUGAGAGAAACCCAUCCCUAAAAGGUUAAUGUUUCAUCCUACCUUAGAGGUAAUUCAUUGAGUUUAUACACCACCCAUUUUGAAAAGAUUAAUAUUAAUUCAUAGAGUUUAUUCAUCUCGGUAUUUUAGACUAUUCAUGCUCUGUUACAGACCUUAUUCAUCAUCCACUAUUAUAAAGAUUCAGACUGCCUCAUAGUUUGUUAAUAAACAUUCUUCAUCAUGUAUACCUCAUCCAUUAUUGUAAAGCUUCAUCUGCAUCAUAAACAUCUCCCAAGCCUUACAAUUACAGCUGGAUCACGUUCCCAGAUAAUCAUCACUAGGUCAUAAGCUCACCUCACAAGCCACGCCAAUACAAGGAGCUCACAUCGACGGUAAUUCUCACUGGCUAACUGCAUCAUCUCACAAGGCACAUCACUAUAGCUGCCUCAUCUCAUCAAGUACACUACUGUAAUUACCAUAAGAUAAUUAGAUUUCACAGUCGACCUCUGUAAUGUUAUGUCAGAUCUAGUAUAAUGAGGGCUUUCAUUACGGUCUACUGAACUACGUACGGUACUGUAUUUGACUGUAUUUUGUCCUGUGUGCUGCAGGUUUUUUAAAUUUUGCAGAAGUUCAUUAAAAGUGAAGAACAGUGUGAUAUGUAAAAGAAGUGGAUUUAUGGUUAGAUAUCCAUAAAAUGUAUUAAAACAUAUUUUAGAUUUCUAUAUUUUUAGAAGUGGGAGGAUAUUAGUGAUAUGAGAGUUACCGGGUAUAUAUCUUUAUGUAUAUGUGAGUGUGAAUUUUUUUCAUUAAAUUCUUUUCUCCAGUUUUUCAAGUAGGAUUGUUAGCUUCAACUGAAAACACACACACACACCACUCCCUCUUCAUUCACUGCAAGACCUCACUUCAUGCUGUGCUUUCUGGUUAUAUAUGUUUGUCACUACUGUACUUCCCUAAUGGUCCUUUCCCUUCACCCCAUCCUUCAUCUCUAGCCUUCACCCCCACUUUUCACCCUAUCUUUUUCUUGGUCUUCCCGUCCUCCCUUAGCUAAUCUUUCCACUGCCAUUCUCUCAGAAUGUCCGCACCACCUCACUACACACUGGUCUGUUUUCUGCCCAAUACUUGCUUUACUACCACAGGUCCUAGCUUAUGUAUUAUUUAUCCACUGAUUAUUAUUAACCCAACUUGUUGCUCUGAUGCUCAUCAUUUGUAGCUUGUAAUAUGUUCUUACUCUCAGAGUCCAUACUUCACACUCCAUAUAUACAGCACAGUAGUACAGUAAUGGUGGCUCAAGGGUUAACUUUUAUAUUAGGUAAUUCAUCAUUAGUUAGUCUGUUGUCUUUCUUCCUUUGCCUCUCAAUUUUAUUUCAAAUAAUUCAUACGAAAGUUGAUUUAAUUUAAAUAAAUUCUUUAAGAAAU